UUCUUUCUCUUCCAUCAUUCUCUCUAUAUAUAUAACCCUAAACAAUCGAAUCGCCCCUCUCUCACCACUUUGACACCGCACCGGCACCACCACUCACUCACUUUUUCCCUCUCUCUCUCCCUGCCUUCCUUCCUCUGCUACCCAAACCCAGAAACCCAUUUUUCAUCAUCACUUUCUUCACAAGGAUCGGCUGGAAGAUAAAUUCAUAAUUUUUGAUAUGUCAGCCUUUUCUUUCCAGCACCCUUUCCCUCAUCCUUUCCUUCUCGACUCUGUUUCCCCCCACCAAAACAUGGCUACCGCUACAUUUACCACUUCUACCACCACGCCCCCUGCUACUUCUCCCGCCAAAUAUCUCAAUAAAAUCUCAUCACCAGCUGGGUUGUUCAUGGAGGAACCCGGGAGUAGCUCUGUCAAUUUCCCCCAAUUUUACCCUCCUGAAUUGUUCUUACUACACAGCAGCCAGAGCAGCAGCGGGUUUGAUGACCCUGCUAAUCAUAGUUCGCCAUUGCAGCAGCAGAACAAUCAUUACGCGUUUACCAGCAACCACGACUGCAAUACUGAUAAUCACAACAAUCCUAAGGCGGCUGAUGUGAAAGAGAGCAGGAAUAACAACAAGGAGGAGGGGGAGGCCUCUAGUGUCACCAGAAAACAGAGCACCGACGGCCAUUCUUCCAAUACAGAGGGCGGAGAGCAAGUCACUCAGUUCAAUGCCGCGCAGCCCACCGCCGCCGAUCAUAGCAAGAAGAGGAAGAAGCUUUCGAGCUGUAAUAACCUUAGCAAUGGCUCCUCCCACGUUACUUCUGUUCACAGCAAGCCCAAGGAGGCGAGAGAAGGAAGUAAGAGCAAGAAGAAGGCUAAGAAAAGCAGUGAUGUUGAAGUAGAAGAAGAGACGAAGCAGCAGCAGGGGAAAACAGGGGAUGAAAAGCAGAGCAAGAAAGAAAAACACCAGCAGAGGAGGAAGAAGAAAGGUGCUGACAAGGAACGACCACCCACUGGCUACAUUCAUGUCAGAGCUAGGAGGGGCCAAGCUACUGAUAGCCACAGCCUUGCCGAGCGGGCAAGAAGGGAGAAAAUCAGCGAGAGGAUGAAGAUGCUGCAGCACCUGGUUCCAGGCUGUGACAAGUUCCUUUCCAUGAAGCUGGCUACUGUCAAUCCACUUUUCUAUGACUUUGGAUUUGAUCUUGAUGGGCUCAUGGUCCGACCAGAGAGAUUGAGUAGUAAUGUGGAGGUAUCGACGCCCCUGCCAUCGGGUCAGCAAUGCAACCCCACCACCACCACCACCACCAUCGCCGCCGCCGUCUCUGUUGCGGUUUCCUCCGCCGCGGCAAACAGCUGCUACCCUCUUAUUGACACAACUAGGCCGGGGGAUUUCUCUCAGUCUCAGGAUAAUGGUGGCAACCUGUUGUGGGAUAUGGAGGAAGAGGGAAGCCAUAGACUUGUUAAUGAGUCAGGGUUUGGAAUUGGAAUUGGAAUUGGAUCCACCACCAACAACAACAACAAAAACAAAUUUUGUUAGUGAAUAAAGGCUAAAAGAGGGGAAGGCGGGCAGCGGCGGCAGCUAUAUAGAUGGAGGUAGAAGAGAACACACGGGACAUAUAAAAAAAAAAAAAAAAAAAAAAAAAAAACAACAACCACAUCAUAUGACCCAGAAUUCCAUUUCCAUAUCCCUUGGUUAGUGAAGUUGUUAAUUACUCUCCUUUUUAACCUCCCAAACCCAGUUAUUAAUUUCUUCCCACUCUGUAUUAAUUUCCAAGGUUGUUGUGGUUAUGGGUUUUGAGGGGCAGCUUAUGUUAAAUAGAAUACUAAAGCAGGGUAGCAAUACCAUCAUUUUCCCAAGAUAGCAAUAGUAUUGUUACAGAGGAGUAAGAUUAAUUUGUGGAUUCAUACAGUUAUUCUGUUAUUACAGUUAUCUUUACUGAUGAGAGAGAGAGAGAGAUUGUGGCUAGAUGAUGCCUCUGCUCUCGAUUCUGUAAUAUUUUUUUUUUACAUGACUAGUUGUGCAUUUGUUGUUGGUAUGUUGUAGUGUUGUACUAUUAACUAGCACAAAGCAUUAAAUAUAUUUAUUUUUAUAUCUUAAGUUUUAAAUAAAUGUG